AUGGACGUCAACGGGAGACCGGGGAUGAGGGACGCUGUGCUGGCGCUCCUGCUCGCUGUCCUGCAGGGAUUUCCCCUCGGGGAAACGGCCCCGAAUCCAUCCCCGCUGGUCGGAUCUAACUGGGGGAACCCGAGGAGAUACGUUCACCUGCAGACCUCCACAGACCUCAACAACUUCUACUUGGAGAUCAGACUGGAUGGCACCGUGCGCAAAACUACAGUCAGGAGUUCAUAUAGUGUGAUUUUACUGAAAGCUGAAACGAGGGAGCGCAUCGCCAUCCUCGGCGUCAAAAGCAGCCGUUACCUGUGUAUGGAUCUGGAGGGCAACCCGUUCAGCUCUCCCAUCUGCCUCAAAGACGACUGUCUCUUCAACCACAAGCUUCUGGAGAACAACCGGGACGUGUACUACUCCAUCCGGACCGGUAUCCUGUUCAACCUGGAGGGCUCCCGGCAGGUGUUCUCGGCGGGUCAGAACCUGCCGCAGACCUCCCUCUUCCUGCCCAAGAAGAACACGGUGCCGCUGGAGCGCCUCCUGCUGCACAGGGAGAAGAGGAACCAGGUGGUGGAUCCCUCCGACCCGCACAACGUCUACCUGGGUCAGACAGAGGUGGGCUCGGACUCCCGGGCCGUGCCGGAGGACGACGCCGACCUGGAGGUGGAGGUGGAGGUGGAGCUGGAGGCGGAGGCGGAGGCCGGGGACGACGCGCGCAACGUGUCCCGGGAGACGCCGCUGGCUCCGUCCACCCACGAUCCUUGGAACGUGCACUCGUCCAACCCGGCCAGCCCCCAGAGCUCCGGGACCAUGGGGUGACUCUACUGGUGGCCGUCAUGGGUGUUGCAAGGUGUGGGCGCUCCUUUAAGCGAGUCCAAGUUUAACCUUGUAGUUUAUGAUCAUAUGAGACAUGAAAACGCAUAAAACAUCCGACUUCAGGUUGUUCCUUCUUUUCCACACUGUCUUAAC